UGUGGGGACAAGGGGACCUGGGGAUGUGGGGGCAUGGAGACGCGAAUGCAUGGGGACAUGUAGACAUGGGGACGUGGGGAUUUGGGGACAAUGGGGACACGGAGCCGUUUGGCACGCGGUUCUGUCCCCAUAGUUUCAGGGAUAAUGGUGUCGGUGUGGAGGGAGCGCAGCACCACACGCAGCGCUCUGCACCAACUGCUGCACGCCAUGUGGGCACUGAACCGCUCCUCGUGCCAGGUGUGCCCCCCGGGUGGCGGCUGCACGGGGGCAGCUGUUAUAUGGUGGGGAGCGGCGCUGUGGGGUGGGCGCAGGCGCAGGGCCGCUGCCGGGACAGUGGGGCACAGCUGGUGGUCAUCGGCGAUGCACAGGAGCAGGAGUUCCUGACUUCGUUGGCCCCCCCCCAUGAGACGUGGAUCGGACUCCAUGACCGCAGCACGGAGGGUUCCUUCCAAUGGGUGGAUGGCAGCGCCCUCAGCUUCCGGUGGGACGGGUCACGGGGUCACAGGGGGUCACGGGGGUCACGGAGUCACGGGGGGUCACAGGGGUGAUGGGGGGG